AUGCAGCCCAGCUCAUCACGCACCGGAUGGCAGCCGGUCGAGGCUGUUCGCCGCGGGAAGCACGCGGCUCCAGACAAUCCUCGCAGUUCUCACAAGUCCCGGGGAAAAUCUGGCAAGAGGGCGCGCGAAAUCUCCGAGAACAUCAGUCCAACGCCGUCUCCGAACGCGUCUCCCAAGCGGCUGAAGCGGAAUCACGUCGUUCGAGCAAAUGAAGUCGAAGGCCCUCUCCGUGCCCUUCCUCUCGCCGGAAACCACCAAGAACCCCUUGUUGACCCUCUGUUCACGUUUCCUCAAGGGACUCCGCCUCGGGCUCCUAACGAGGCGUUCAUGUUUGGUGUCGGCCAGCCCUCGCAUCCGCAUCCGGAACCCCCGGUCCUCGUACCUCAAACCCUCCAAUCUGCCCAUCCGGACCACAUCACGAUCCCCGCUCUGAGACCGAGUCGGCUCCCCUGCCGGCAUGCACCGAGUCCGCUCAUGCAGAUACUGUUGGACGAGCUCAGACGAGCGGAAGCAGCGCACCACGCUGCGCUGUCCAAUGUCAAUUACUACAACCACGCACACAUCUGGGAGCACCCCGAGCACCGUGCCCGCGUCACCGAGCGAGAGGCCCCACCGGCGGACGACAUGCCUCAGCGCCAGCCUCUCCCCGCCUCUGAGGCCGUCGCGGUCCACGAGCACCGCCCGCCGCCGCCGACUGCGCGCGCGGUGGCACCCGCCGUCGUGUCCCUUUCAACCAGACCGUCCACGUCCCAGACAACGCUUCCUCCACUCGAGGCUGCCGGCGCGGUACACGAUAACCGCGCGGUCGCCUCGACUCGACUCCCUCCCACUGUCAGCCCCCCUCGUAUGUUUGUCCAGUCGCACACGGCCGCGUCUGCGCGCGGACGGGUUGCGGGUCUGCCCGCCAGGGCGAGGGCGCCGACUCCUGCCGCCGCGCCCCUGCAACCAGGCCACCUCGACACCAGGGUGUCGUUACACCUGCUUCCGCUGGGCCGCCGAGGCCUUCCAGGGCCGCCGUGGGACCGUUCAACGCUGCUGCUUCGGCUGGUGACUGGGCUCACGAGCACGACACGGUCGCCCCCGGGGCUCCCGCUAUCAGGACCCCUCGUGCCCUCGUCCGACCAGGAGGAGGAGGAGCUGGAGGAGCUGGAGCUGGACCAGUUGCCCGACGAAGUGUCGGAAAGGCAGUGGGACGAGGUCCUGACGCAGGCCAGGUUCAACGAACAGGUGGCUCGGAAGGAGAGGGGCGUGCGCAGGCGGCACAGGCGACGCGGAUGA